GGAGGAACAGGGGCGUAUUGAAGGGUGAAUCUCCGCUUUAUAGGGUCCGGGUCAGCUGACCGGCUCCCACCCAGUGUAGUCUAGCGGCCGGGGCCGAGGGGAGAGAUGACGGGGGAGCGACCCGGCACGGCGCUCCUGGGCACACCCCGAGCACCGCGGAUGCUGGGCUUCUGGGGACGCUGUGCGGUUCAGGUGUUAGCCGCGGUCUUCCUGCUGCUGUUGUCUCCGGCAGAAUUCCGGACGAAAGCUAAGGACGACUUCGGUCUGGUGCGGCCACUGGUGACCAUGGAGCAACUGCUGUGGGUUAGCGGGAGACAGAUCGGCUCAGUGGACACCUUCCGCAUCCCACUCAUUGCAACCACUCCUCAGGGCACUCUCCUUGCCUUUGCUGAGGCCAGAAAAAUGUCUUCAUCUGAUAAAGGGGCCAAGUUCAUCGCCCUACGGAGGUCCAUGGACCAAGGCAACACGUGGUCCCCUACAGAGUUCAUUGUAGAUGAUGGGGAGACCCCCGACGGGCUGAACCUGGGGGCAGUGGUGAGCGAUAUUGAGACAGGAGUGGUAUUUCUUUUCUACUGCCUCUGUGCUCACAAGGCCGGCUGCCCAGUGGCCUCCACCAUGUUGGUAUGGAGCAAGGAUGAUGGCAUUUCCUGGAGCCCACCCCGGAAUCUCUCCCUGGAUAUUGGCACUGAACUGUUUGCCCCUGGACCAGGCUCUGGCAUUCAGAAACAGUGGGAGCCGAGGAAGGGCCGCCUCAUCGUGUGUGGCCAUGGGACGCUGGAGCGGGAUGGGGUCUUCUGUCUCCUCAGUGAUGACCACGGUGCUUCCUGGCGCUACGGGGGUGGGGUCAGAGGCAUCCCCUACGACCAGCCCAAGCAGGAAAAAGACUUCAACCCCGAUGAAUGUCAGCCCUAUGAGCUCCCAGAUGGCUCAGUUGUCAUCAAUGCCCGGAACCAGAACAACUACCACUGCCGCUGCCGUAUCGUCCUCCGCAGCUAUGACGCCUGUGAUACCCUAAGAACCCGUGAUGUGACCUUUGACCCUGAGCUUGUGGACCCUGUGGUAGCUGCAGGAGCCGUAGCCACCAGCUCCGGCAUUGUCUUCUUCUCCAACCCAGCCCAUCCAGAGUUCCGUGAGUGCCUGACAGUGGGGUCAACAGGGGGAGCCCCUGUGUCUAGACAAGGCCUGGGCAGAAACCUUUCCCUGACCCUCCUGCUCUCCCCAGGAGUGAACCUGACCCUACGCUGGAGCUUCAGCAAUGAUACUUCAUGGCAGAAAGAGAAGGUCCAGCUAUGGCCAGGGCCCAGCGGCUACUCGUCCCUGGCAGCCCUGGAGGGCAGUGUGGGUGGAGAGGAGCAGGCCCCCCAGCUCUACGUGCUGUAUGAGAAAGGCCGGAACCACUACACAGAGAGCAUCUCUGUGGCCAAAAUCAGUGUCUAUGGGAUACUCUGAGCCAUGCCCCUGCCACAGGGGUAGAAGGCCUGCCUAGAUGCAGCCUUCACGACCAGGGUCUAUAGAGGAUAUGCUAGUGGUGCCUAAAACACGGUUCCAUCUUCCUUUAGACUCCAACGUUUUAUAAAUUCAACUUCCCUUUGAUGGGGAAGUUCCAUCACUUCCGUUAUGACUGAAAGCCCAGCUUCCUCUCGGCACAGGAAGUCCUGGGAACACUUCCUUUCCAUGUGGCGGGUCCGGCCACCCGCCUUUCCGCCCUCCCAGGACAUGGAUCGGUCCUGUCGUGGGCAGGCUGAUGGGGCCGUAGGAUUUAAUAAAUGUGAACUCAGGGAACUGGGGAAGGCUGAGCUUCCUCUUUGGGGUUGAGGGAAGAUGCUGGUUUUGAACAGGGCUGGUGAAAGUCCCUGGAGGGCAGGAUAUUUGGCUUUAGGGUUAGGAAGUAGCUACACCAUGCUCCUUGACUAUUUAUGAACCAAAAUGUUUGCAACUUAAAGUUUUCAAUGAAAGAGAAUGAACAUUUGUAAAGUC